AUUGUUGAAGGCAAUAUGGCCACAGGAGGAAGUCCUUUUGAAGAAGGCAUGAAUGAUCAGGAUUUACCAAACUGGAGUAAUGAAAAUAUUGAUGAUCGUCUGAACAAUAUGGAUUGGGGUGGUCAACAGAAGAAGGCAAAUAGAUCAUCCGAAAAGAAUAAGAGAAAGUUUGCUGUAGAAAGUGAUAAAAGAGUAACUAAUGAUAUUUCUCCAGAAUCAUCACCAGGAGUUGGAAGGCGAAGAGCAAAAAUCCCACAUUCGAUUCCACAUAGUAGAUAUAUGACUCAGAUGUCAGUUCCAGAGCAGGCAGAAUUAGAGAAACUUAAACAGCGGAUAAAUUUCAGUGAUUUAGAUCAGAGAAGCAUUGGAAGUGAUUCACAAGGUAGAGCAACAGCUGCUAACAACAAACGCCAGCUUAGUGAAAAUCGAAAGCCCUUCAAUUUUUUGCCUAUGCAAAUUAAUACUAAUAAAAGCAAAGAUGCUGCUACAAGUUCUCAGAAUAGAGAAAUGAUUGGAUCAGCACAAUGUAAAGAAUUGUUUACUGCUGCUUUAAGUAAUGACCUAUUGCAAAACUGUCAUGUUUCUGAAGAAGAUGGGAGAGGAGAGCCUGCGAUGGAGAGCAGCCAGAUUGUAAGCAGGCUUGUUCAGAUUCGUGACUAUAUUAAUAAAGCUAGUUCAAUGCGGGAAGAUCUUGUAGAGAAGAAUGAAAGAUCUGCUAAUGUUGAGCGCCUUACUCAUCUUAUAGAUCACCUGAAAGAACAAGAAAAGUCAUAUAUGAAAUUUCUCCAAAAAAAUUCUUGUGAGGAGGAGGAUGUUCGGACUAUAGAUUCAGCUGUGGGAUCUGGUUCUGUAGCUGAGAGCACAUCGCUAAACAUAGAUGUGCAGUCCGAGGCUUCAGAUACCACGACUAGAGAGCCUCAGCAGCAGUCUAUGGAAGAAAUAGAAAAUUUGAAGAAACAACAUGAUUUAUUAAAAAGGAUGUUACAGCAGCAGGAGCAGUUGAGAGCGCUGCAGGGACGACAAGCUGCUCUUCUCGCUCUACAACAUAAAGCAGAGCAAGCUAUUGCUGUAAUGGAUGAUUCUGUUGUAACAGAAACUGCAGGCAGCCUAUCAGGAGUCAGUAUCACAUCUGAAUUAAAUGAAGAACUGAAUGAUUUAAUCCAAAGAUUUCAUAAUCAGCUUCGUGAUUCUCAGCCUCCAGCUGUCCCAGACAAUAGAAGACAAGCAGAAAGUCUUUCACAAACUAGGGAGGCUUCCCAAAGCAGAAACCCAUCUGUUUCUGAUCCUGAUGAGAAAGUUCAGCUUUUUAGCAAAAUGAGAGUGUUACAGGAAAAGAAACAAAAAAUGGACAAACUGCUUGGAGAACUUCAUUCACUUAGAGAUCAGCAUCUGAAUAAUUCAUCAUUUGUGCCUUCUUCAGCUUCUCCACAAAGGAGUAUGGAUCAGAAAAGUGCAACCUCAGCUCCCUCUGCUCCUGUAGGCAGCGUAGCCCCAGUUGUCAAUGGAGAAAUAAGUAGCCUUACAGCAUCUGUUCCUUAUCCUGCUACUUCACAGAAUGAGAGUGAAAAUGAAGGCCAUCUAAAUCCAACAGAAAAACUCCAGAAGUUAAAUGAAGUUCGAAAGAGAUUAAAUGAACUAAGAGAAUUAGUUCAUUAUUAUGAACAAACAUCAGAUAUGAUGACAGAUGCUGUAAAUGAAAAUACAAAAGAUGAAGAAACUGAAGAAUCAGAAUAUGAAUCUGAGCAUGAAAAUUCUGAACCUGUUACUAAUAUUCGAAAUUCGCAAGUAGCUGCCACCUGGAAUGAAGUGAAUAGUAAUUCUGUUGCACAGUAUGUUUCCAAUAAUAGAGAUGGGAGACCAGUUAAUUCUAACUGUGAAAUUAAUAACAGAUUUGCUGCCAACAAAAGGCCUCUAAACAUGCCGCCUCCUCCUCCUUUAGAUUGUCGAUAUAAUAGGGGAGAACAGGGGAUUCAUGCUGUACAUGAUGAGGAUGAUGAAGAGGAGGAGGAAGAAGCAGAAGAGGAGGGAGUCAGUGGAGCUUCAUUAUCUAGUCAUAGGAAUAGUCUGGUUGAUGAAGCUCCAGAAGACAUGGAAUUUGAACAAAAAAUUAAUAGACUCAUGGCUGCAAAACAGAAACUUAGACAGUUACAAGAUCUUGUUGCUAUGGUACAGGAUGAUGAUGCUGCAGAACAAGGAGUUAUCUCUGCCACUACUUCAAAUUUGGAUGAUUUCUACCCAGCAGAAGAUGAUAGCAAACAAAAUACAAAUAAUGCUAGAGGAAAUACCAAUAAAACACAAAAAGAUGCUGGAAUAAAUGCAAAGGCAAGAGAGAAAUUUUAUGAGGCUAAAGUACAGCAGCAGCAGAGAGAACUCAAACAACUACAGGAAGAAAGAAAGAAACUGAUAGAUAUUCAAGAGAAAAUUCAAGCAUUGCAAAAGGCAUGUCCUGACCUACAGCUAACAGCCACUAAUGGGGGUAACUGCCCCACAAACAAGUACAUGCCAGCUGUUACAUCAACCCCAACUGCUAAUGAAAAUGAAACUACUACAAGCAAAUCUGUUUUUGAGGCAGAAGAUUCUUCACUAGUAGAUAAUGAGCAGUGGUCAGAGAUGCGACGGCAUGAAAUGUUAAGGGAGGAGCUGCGACAGAGAAGAAAACAGCUAGAAGCUUUGAUGGCUGAACACCAAAGGAGGCAAGGUCUGGCUGAGACAUCUUCUCCAGUAGCUGUUUCAUUGCGAAGUGAUGGAUCUGAAAACCUAUGUACUCCUCAACAGAGUAGAACAGAAAAAACAGUAGCUACUUGGGGCGGUUCUACCCAGUGUGCUCUAGAUGAAGAUGGAGAAGAUGGUUAUCUUUCUGAAGGAAUUGUUAGGACAGAUGAAGAGGAAGAAGAGGAAGAACAAGAUGCUAGUUCCAAUGAUAACUUUUCUGUAUAUCCUCCUAACUGUGUGAAUCAUAAUUCUUACAAUGUGAAAGAAACUAAAAAUAGGUGGAAGAACAAUCGUCCUUUUUCAGCAGAUGGAAAUUACCGUCCUUUAGCAAAGACGAGACAACAGAAUAUUAGUAUGCAACGUCAGGAAAAUCUUCGCUGGGUGUCAGAACUCUCUUAUGUAGAAGAGAAAGAACAGUGGCAGGAACAAAUCAAUCAAUUAAAGAAACAACUUGAUUUCAGUGUCAAUAUUUGUCAGACAUUGAUGCAAGAUCAGCAGACUCUGUCUUGUCUGCUACAAACACUCCUCACUGGUCCUUACAGUGUGAUGCCCAGCAAUGUUGCAUCUCCUCAAGUACACCUUAUAAUGCACCAGUUGAACCAUUGCUAUACUCAGCUAGCGUGGCAACAAAAUAAUGUGCAGAGGUUGAAACAAACUCUAAGUGAACUUAUGCGCCAACAAAAUCAGCAUCCAGAAAAAUCUGGGAGUAAGGAAAGAAGUAGCAGUACAGCACACCCUCCUUCCGGUUUAUUUUGUCCUUUCAGCUUUCCUACACAACCUGUAAAUUUGUUUAACUUACCUGGGUUUACUAAUUUUUCAUCUUUUGCACCAGGUAUGAAUUUCAGCCCUUUAUAUACUCCUAAUUUUGGAGAUUUUUCUCAGAAUAUUUCUACACCUGCUGACCAGCAACAACCAUUGGCUCAGAAUCCUUCAGGGAGAACAGAAUAUAUGGCUUUUCCAAAACCUUUUGAAAGUAGUUCAUCUAUUGGAGCAGAAAAGCAAAGGAAUCAAAAGCAGCCUGAAGAGGAAAUGGAAAACAGUAGGACACGAUGGUUAUUUGACCAAGAAGAUGAUGUAGAAAAGCCAUUUAUCAAGUCUGGAUUUGCAGUGUCUGUAGAGAAACCUGCAAAUAGUAAUCGCAAAAAUCAAUCAGAUACUAGAGAGAGAAGACGCCAAUUUGAUGAAGAAUCAUUAGAAAGCUUUAGCAGUAUGCCUGAUCCAGUGGAUCCAACGACAGUAACUAAAACAUUCAAGACAAGAAAAGCAACUGCACAAGCCAGUCUGGCAUCUAAAGAUAAAACUCCCAAAUCGAAGAGUAAGAAAAAGCAUUCUACCCAAUUGAAAAGCAGAGUUAAAAAUACUGGAUAUGAAAGUGCCAGUAUGUCUAGCACAUGUGAACCUUGCAAAAGUAGGAACAGACAUUCAGCCCAGCCUGAAGAGCCUGUUCAAGCAAAAGCAUUCAGCAGAAAAAACCAUGAACAGCUGGAAAAAAUAAUAAAAUAUAGUAGGUCUACAGAAAUAUCUUCAGCACAUGCUAACAGAAUACUACAGCAAUCUAACAGAAAUACAUGCAGUGAAGCGACAGAAACUGGAAGUGAUUUUUCCACAUUUGAAGCUCUGAGGGACACUAUUUAUUCUGAAGUAGCUACAUUAAUUUCUCAAAAUGAAUCUCGUCCACAUUUUCUCAUUGAACUCUUACAUGAGCUUCAACUACUUAAUACAGAUUAUUUGAGGCAGAGGGCUUUAUACACAUUGCAGGACAUAGUAUCCAGACAUAUUUCUGAGAACCAUGAAAAAGAAAAUGUAAAAUCAGUGAAUUCCGGAACAUGGAUAGCAUCAAACUCAGAACUUACGCCCAGUGAAAGUCUUGCUACUACUGAUGAUGAAACUUUUGAGAAGAACUUUGAAAGAGAAACCCAUAAAAUAAGUGAGCAAAAUGAUGCUGAUAAUGCUAGCGUCAUGUCUGUAUCUUCCAAUUUUGAACCUUUUGCAACAGAUGAUCUAGGUAACACUGUGAUUCACUUAGACCAAGCAUUGGCUAGAAUGAGGGAAUAUGAGCGUAAGAAGACUGAGACUGACAGUAACACAAAUACAAAAUGUACCUGCAGAAUUAUUGAGGAUGAAGAUGGUGCUGCUGUCACAGCUACAGUUAAUAAUUCAGGUGUGUUCCCUGUUGAAAAUCAUGAUUCACAGCAACCUAUAAGUGAAGUUUCUACUGUCCCAUGUCCUAGAAUAGAUACUCAACAGCUGGACAGGCAAAUAAAAGCAAUAAUGAAAGAAGUCAUUCCUUUUUUGAAGGAACACAUGGAUGAAGUUUGUUCUUCUCAACUUCUAACUUCAGUUAGACGGAUGGUUUUGACUCUUACCCAACAAAAUGAUGAGAGCAAAGAGUUUGUAAAGUUUUUUCAUAAACAACUAGGAAGUAUUUUACAGGAUUCAUUGGCAAAAUUUGCUGGCAGAAAACUGAAAGACUGUGGAGAAGAUCUUCUUGUAGAGAUAUCAGAAGUGUUAUUUAAUGAGCUGGCUUUCUUUAAACUUAUGCAAGAUUUGGAUAAUAAUAGCAUAAGUGUUAAACAACGAUGCAAAAGAAAAAUAGAAGCUGCUGGAGUGAUACAAUCUUAUGCAAAAGAGGCCAAAAGGAUUCUUGAAGGAGAUCAUGGGUCACCUACUGGAGAAAUUGAUGAUGAAGACAAAGACAAAGAUGAAACUGAAACAGUUCAGCAAACUCAAACAUCUGAGGUAUUUAAAAGUGAUGGUUCCAAAAACGUAAGAUCUGAUGUUUCUGAUCAAGAGGAAGAUGAAGAAAGUGAAGGAUGUCCAGUGUCUAUUAAUUUGUCCAAAGCUGAAACUCAAGCUUUGACUAAUUAUGGAAGUGGAGAAGAUGAGAACGAAGAUGAAGAAAUAGAAGAAUUUGAAGAGGGACCAGUGGAUGUCCAAACUUCUCUUCAGGCUAAUACUGAAAUUACAGAAGAAAACGAACAUGAUGAUCAGGUUCUACAGCAUGACUUUGAAAAAUCAACAGAAAACAAAAUUGUCUCUUCAGAACAAGAACCCACUACUCAGAAAGAUGACCAAGACAACAACACUCCGGUGAAACCCUGUUACCUCAAUAUCUUGGAAAAUGAUCAGCCUUCAACUAGUCCUGUCCAAAAAGACUCCCUUACUACCACUGACUCAUCUAAACAGCCUAACCCUUUGCCAUUAUCUUUAAAUGAAAAUGAAACCAUAGUGCCUAGAGUCAAAGAAGUUAAAUCUGCUCAGGAAACUCCUGAAAGCUCAUUGGCUGGAAGUCCUGAUACUGAAUCUCCAGUAUUAGUGAACGACUAUGAAGCUGAAUCUGGUAACAUAAGCCAAAAAUCUGAUGAAGAAGACUUUGUAAAAGUUGAAGAUCUGCCACUUAAAUUGACAAUAUAUUCAGAGGCAGAUCUAAGGAAGAAAAUGAUAGAAGAAGAACAGAAAAAUCAUAUAUCUAGUGAAAUAUGUGAAAUGCAAACUGAAGAAUUAGCUGGUAAUUCUCCGGCACUGAAAGAACCUGAAACUGUGGGAACCCAAAGUAUAUGAGAUGUCUUCAGAAGCUCAUCUGUCUUUACAUAGUCCAUGCAUAUGUGAAAUGGCACUAAAUAAACAUUCGUUUUGCUCUGUAUAAAAAUGUAAAUUAGUUUGGCACUGCAUUUUUGAUAGACAUGCAUUCCUGGUCACAGCAGUUCAAAACAUCAGAUACUGAAUUCUAAAUAGAGUCAAGACUUGAUAUACUUACUGUAGGAUCUUUUUCUUAUAUUUAGUCUUGAUUUUAUUUUCCCAUUGUGAUGUUUGGUAACAUAAAUUUAAAAUGUAGUUUUAAAUAAAGUUUGGACUUACCUGAAA